CGAAAAUAAAAUUUCCAAUUUCCGUUUCCGUCAUUCUUGUCCCUUUUCUUUGUCGAAUUUCGCCAUCGCCAUAUUUGCCAUUUGCUUUGCCGGUGAUCGACCUUUCUUUCUUUACAAAGGGUGGAGUUAGUGAUUUGACUGUAUACGUGGGAUUAUUAGUAUUUUUGUCAAAACUUACAUUAGUUACAAAGCGAAUUUGUAUAUUUAAACUAGUGCAUUUUCUAAAGUAAUAAGUUCGAAUUAUGGCGAAUAGAAGAUUGGGUGGAAUGGGCGGUGGCCCCCGAGGCAAUCGCUCUUAUAAUCAACAAUUUCAAGGAGGUGGUGUUAGCCCUUGGCAAGGGCCUAAUAAUUCUAUGAAUCAGGGGUUGCUUUCCCAAAUUUCCAACCCCCAGCAACUUGCUCUUGCUCUAACGAGCUUACUACAACCUCAACAACAGAGUCCACCAUCGUUGCUUUCUUUGAACACGUCUCCCGCUUUUUCUAAUCAGGACAGAGAUUUCAAUCGGUUUGGUAACCGAGGCCGUGAUUUCAGGCGCCACGAGCCUUACAAUAAGCAGAAUCGUAUUCAAGGAAAUUUCAAUCGAAACAAACGUAAUCAGAAUCAGAAGAAAAAGGAUGAUGUUAAAAAAGAUGUUAAGAAAGAAGAGACUUCAGCUGAUGAAGGCAAUGACGAAGGUGAAACUAAGAGAGAUUGGAAGGAUGAAAAGAACAACACUGAUGAUAAGAAAGAAGAAACUGAAGAAGAGCAAAAGCUGAGAAAGGAAAAGGAAGAAAAAGAUGGACCUUAUUAUGAUGUUCCUGUUAAACUAUUGAACUGUUUUGUCUGCAAUAAAGAGAUGUGGGAUGGAGAAUCGAUGAGAAAGCAUGUUAAAGGUCGUGCUCACAGACAAAUGUUGGAUAGUUUGGAAGAAAGUAUUCACAUUACUGUGAAUAUACUUAGAGAGAAUAUGCGUCUUCAGGAAGAGAAAAAACUUAUUGAACUUAAUCGUGUCCAACGUGUCACAAAGAGAUUCAAUAAACCUGAGCCAGAAAGCCAUUGCAACAUGUGCGAUCUCAAAUUUUUGGGGAAGAUCAUUGCUCAUCGCAAAACUGAAGGGCAUCAGCGCUUGAAGCAUUACUUGCAUCCUAAUUGUCGCCUGUGUGCCAAAGAAUUUCCUUCCAGAAUGGAGUGGAUUGAACAUCGCCUAACUCCAGAACAUCUGAGGAAAUUAAACAAGUCUCUUAAUGAUAAAAUUGGAGGUGCAGAUGGAAGUGACAUAGUACUUGAACCAGAAGAGUCUCAGGAUUUAGAAUUGGAACCUUUACUUGAAGAACCUUUGGAAAUGGAAGCUGAGAAUCCUAUCUUGGAAUUGACAGACAAUCUAACUGGUUUGCAAAAUCUCAUGCCUGCAUACAAGCCAGGCAGAGCUGUAGCAACUCAAAGUCUACAACAAUUCACUGGUUUUGUAUGUGAUAUCUGUUCUAGAAGUUUUGUGGAUGAGACAUUGGCUCAGAAACAUCUCAAAACUAAGAGGCAUCAUUCCAAGUUCAUUGAAGCUAUUAAAUUGAAAUACAAAGAACAACAGAAGAAGGAAAAAGAAGAGAAAGAAGCUGAACAAAAGAUAAAGCAAGAAGCUGAGAAAAAUGGUGCAGAAGGAGAUGGAGACAUGUAUGAUCCAGAUGAACCCACUCAAGAAGAAUCUGUAUUGGAAAUGGACACUUCAAUGGAGGUUUCUCAAGAUGAUGCUGGAGACCCUUCAGUAAUCUCCACCAACACCACUGACUUGUUAGAAGGUGAAGACGAUGAGGUGGAAGUUAAGCAAGAGCAGAAACCGAUCGUCAAAGUAGAGGUUCCUAAGCCAGUAGCAUCGACUCCGGGUAAACAAACGAGAGCUGCUGCCGCUGCUGUUGGAGGGGGAGUGAAAAAUGGAGCUGGCCCUAAGAGCAAGAAGUUGCCAUCAAUUCCACGUAAUUUGGAACAGAAAGAACAACUAGCUGCUGUCUCAACGUAUCGUAUACCAAAAGUUCAAGCUACGAAACUUAAGUUGUAAAUUGCAUAGUCAAAAUAUGAUUUAACAGAACUCUUGUUUUCCUACUACUUGCACUUUUUCAUCUUAGUGUUAAUUAAAAUAGUUACAUUUAAUUCAUGUAUUGUAUCUUAAUAAACAUAUAUAACAAC